GUGAAUUUGAAAACGCCUGUAUGGUUUUGAAUUGUGGCGGUGAGACGUUUAUCCGCAAGGACUCAAGUCGAUUUUUAAAGCACGUACUUUAGUUUAAAAUUAACAUGGCGCAGUUUAAUGAUGAAAACCUUAAGAUGUAUUUUUAUGAGAACAGGCUGAAAACUUUUGAGGGGUGGCCAUUCGACGAAGACUGCGCAUGUACACCGGAAAAUAUGGCUAAAGCUGGUUUCAUUCACACACCUUCAGACAACAGCCCAGAUUCAGCCAUGUGUUUCUUCUGCCUUAAAGAGUUGGAGGGCUGGGAGCCAGAGGAUGACCCAGAAAAAGAACACAAAUCUCACUCACCUGCCUGCCACUUCAUUACCCUGAAGAAAAAAGUGGAAGAUCUGACUGUGGAAGAGUUCUUCAAGCUCCAGAAAGAGAAAAGCAAAAACAUAAUUAACAAAUGUGACGAGGACAUCAACAAAUUUGAGGAGGCAGCAAGAUUGAAAAGAGCAGAAAUAGUCAAGUUGGGCAAAUAAAGCAGGGACAGUGAAGAAUGCUUCGGUCUGCCCUUAAAUAAAUUGGACACUGUUAUUGCACGUAUUUGUACAUUUUUUAUUGUACAGUUUUUGUAUAUACACUAGUAUAGUAUACCUACAAGUAUAACAGUAAAUGUUAGGAUAUGAAGUACUGUAUAAGGCUAUCUCUAUUGGUAUUUCAUGUCAUCAAAAAAAAAAAGGCCCUUCCUCAUGAACAUCCUUUUCCUCCUUGCAAAUACUCCCAGCUCUCCGAGGAAACACGGGUGAAAUACAGUAUGUAAGCAUAUUAAAUGUGAUGUUCAUUGCGUCAACCAACGUAGAAGUUCUUUUUAGUGCUUCCCUCUGAGUUUCUGAAAUCCCAGUGGCUGAAUUUAAUUUUUUGGUGUCUUCAUGUGUGUGUCCACCAUGUCGUUUCGCCUUUUAGGGAUGUUCAGAACUUAUAACUGUGACAGGAUGUAAACUUCUGACUGGUUAAGACUCUUAAAGUUCCUCCUGUGUGAGAAAACAAGCUAAUAACAUCCAGACCUUCCACCUUUAAAAGGAGGGGGAAUUCAAAAACCAAAGGAGUUAUGAGGAAAGUAUUGUGCAUGCCAAAUUGGUCAUCAACAGCAGCCUUUCUAGUCAUAAUACAUUAAACCCACCAAAAUGAAAACAAUAUUCUAAACACUUAUAGUCACUGGUGUCAAGUUCCUACGUAAUACUGGCUUCCUAAUGGAAAUUAUGGUGCAUUUGCUUUAACACUACACAAAUUUAUAUACAGUAUAGUGUAAUGUAUUGAUUGCAGUGUGGUACUGGUCCUUUCCACUCACUGGAACAUUGCUU